AUGAAAGGAAUACUACGAUUUGGGAAGAAAGGGAAAUUGAGUCCAAGAUUUAUUGGUCCAUUUGAGAUUCUUGAAAAAAUUGGGAAUGUGGCAUAUCAUUUAGCAUUGCCACUCAAACUAUCAGCAGUGCACGUCUUUCACGUUUCUAUAUUGAGAAAAUACAUUUCAAAUCCUAACCAUGUGUCAAAGCCUAGUGGAGUAGACAUAGUGAGAGUGAGGCCACUUGGGAAAGGAAGAAGACAUUUUAGCCAAGUAUCCCGACUCCUUAAACAACUAGAGUUAUGCUAUGAUAUGAAUGAUAUGGUCAUUUUGGUACAAAUGAUAUGGUAUGAGCUUUUACCGGUUUCUAAAGAUAUAAGAUGGAUUUGGGACAUGUUUUGA